AUGCGAUCCUCAGGGUCGACGAUGCUGCUCCUGGUGGCGGUCGGCACACUCCUCUUGGUUGGUGGCGGCAGUGCCGCCGGAUGCGACAGAGCAGCCGUGCAGUCUUUCGACGCUAAUAAGUAUCAGGGCGUGUGGUACGAGAUCGCCAGGUUGGGAGAGGCUCCGUUCGAGGAGGGGGGCCAGUGCAUCACGGCGGAGUACACAGUGGCUGGCGACAACAACGUGACCGUACACAACAGACUGUUCAGCACGGCUGCGGGGGCCUUCAACGACAUCAUCGGAUGGGCCGAGUGGGACGACCCUGAAUCCGGAGAGGCCAAAUUCACGGUGCACUUCCCAGGCGUAACAGAGAACUCAUGGAUCCUGUCACGGAGUGCCCCGCUGACAGCAGAGCAGGAGCAGCAGGUGAAUGACAGGCUGGAGUCCCUGGGUCUGACGCGGAGUCGCUACACAGACACCCCACAGGACCCACAACAGUGCACUGUCAGAGACAGCACAUGCGACAGGGCCACUGUCACCGAAUUUGACACUUCUAAGUACCAGGGCGUGUGGUACGAGAUCGCCAGGUUCGGAGAAGCUCCCUUCGAGGAAGGCGGGCAAUGUACCACAGCGGAGUACACAGUGGCUGGUGACAACAACGUGACUGUACACAACAGAUUGUUCAGCGCGGCUUCUGGGGCCUUCAACGACAUCAUUGGCUGGGCCGAAUUUGAUGACCCUGACUCCGGAGAGGCCAAACUCACGGUGCAUUUCCCAGGCGUGCCAGGAAACUUAUUUGUACAUUUCAGUGCUCACCCUAGCUUGUUUCUUUGUGUGUUGCCAGUGACGGGUCCCUACUGGGUCCUGGAUACUGACUACGACAGCUACUCAAUUGUCUGGGCCUGCAGGGAGCCUACAGAUGAAACCUCCAACAUUACAGAGAACUCAUGGAUCCUGUCACGGAGUGCCCAGCUGACAGCUGAGUUGGAGCAGCAGGUGAAUGACAAGCUGGAGGCCCUGGGUCUGCCUCGGAGCCGCUACAAAGACACCCCACAGGACCCACAACAGUGCACUGUAAGAGUCAGCACGUGCGACAAGGCCGUUGUCACCGAGUUUGAUACUUCUCAGUAUCAGGGUGUGUGGUACGAGAUCGCCAGGUUGGGAGAGGCUCCGUUCGAGGAGGGUGGCCAGUGCAUCACGGCGGAGUACACAGUGGCUGGCGAGAACAACGUGACCGUACACAACAGACUGUUCAGCACGGCUGCGGGGGCCUUCAACGACAUCAUUGGCUGGGCCGAGUGGGACGACCCUGAAUCCGGAGAGGCCAAAUUCACCGUGCACUUCCCAGGCGUACCAGGUUUGCUUUUUUAUGUUUUAACAGUGACGGGUCCUUAUUGGGUUCUGGACACUGACUACGAGAGCUACUCAAUUGUCUGGGCCUGCAGGGAGCCUGCAGAUGAAACCUCCAACAUUACCGAGAACUCAUGGAUCCUGUCAUGGAGUGCCCAGCUGACAGAUGAGCUGGAGCAGCAGGUGAAUGACAAGCUGGAGGCGCUGGGUCUGAUACGGAGCCGCUACACAGACACCCCACAGGACCCACAACAGUGCACUGUCAGAGUCAGCACGUGCGACAAGGCUGUUGUCACCGAAUUUGAUACUUCUCAGUAUCAGGGUGUGUGGUACGAGAUCGCCAGGUUGGGAGAGGCUCCGUUCGAGGAGGGCGGCCAGUGCAUCACGGCGGAGUACACAGUGGCUGGCGACAACAACGUGACCGUACACAACAGACUGUUCAGCACGGCUGCGGGGGCCUUCAACGACAUCAUCGGAUGGGCCGAGUGGGACGACCCUGACUCUGGAGUGGCCAAAUUCACCGUGCACUUUCCAGGUGUACCAGAGAACUCGUGGAUCCUGUCACGGAGUGCCCAGCUGACAGCAGAGCAGGAGCAGCAGGUGAAUGACAAGCUGGAGGCCCUGGGUCUGCUGAGGAACCGCUACAUAGACACCCCACAGGAUCCGCAACAGUGCACUGUCAGAGUCAGCACAUGCGACAAGCCGGCUGCCAAGGAAUUUGACAUUUCUAAGUAUCAGGGCGUGUGGUACGAGAUCGCCAGGUUGGGAGAGGCUCCGUUCGAGGAGGGCGGCCAGUGCAUCACGGCGGAGUACACAGUGGCUGGCGACAACAACGUGACCGUACACAACAGACUGUUCAGCACGGCUGCGGGGGCCUUCAACGACAUCAUUGGCUGGGCCGAGUGGGACGACCCUGACUCCGGAGAGGCCAAAUUCACGGUGCACUUCCCAGGCGUACCAGUGACGGGUCCCUAUUGGGUCCUGGAUACAGACUACGAGACCUAUUCGGUUGUCUGGGCCUGCAGGGAGCCUACAGAUGAAACCUCCAACAUUACAGAGAACUCGUGGAUUCUGUCGCGGAGUGCCCAGCUGACAACAGAGCAGGAGCAGCAGGUGAAUGAAAGGCUGGAGGCCCUGGGUCUACCACGGAGCCGCUACACGGACACCCCACAGGACUCACAACAGUGCAAUGUUACAGUCAGCACAUGCGACAAGCCGGCUGUCACAGAAUUUGACACUUCUAAGUAUCAGGGCGUGUGGUACGAGAUCGCCAGGUUGGGAGAGGCUCCGUUCGAGGAGGGCGGCCAGUGCAUCACGGCGGAGUACACAGUGGCUGGCGACAACAACGUGACCGUACACAACAGACUGUUCAGCACAGCUGCGGGGGCCUUCAACGACAUCAUCGGCUGGGCCGAGUUGGACGACCCUGACUCUGGAGAGGCCAAAUUGACAGUGCACUUCCCAGGUGUACCAGUGACGGGUCCUUAUUGGGUCCUGGAUACUGACUACGACAGCUACUCAAUUGUCUGGGCCUGCAGGGAGCCUACAGAUGAAACCUCCAACAUUACUGAGAACUCGUGGAUCCUGUCACGGAGUGCCCAGCUGACAGAUGAGUUGGAGCAGCAGGUGAAUGACAGGCUGGAGGCACUGUGUCUGACACGGAGCCGCUACACAGACACCACACAGGACCCACAACAGUGCAGUGUCAGAGUCAGCACGUGCGACAAGGCUGUAGUCACCGAAUUUGAUACUUCUCAGUAUCAGGGCGUGUGGUACGAGAUCGCCAGGUUGGGAGAGGCUCCCUUCGAGGAGGGCGGCCAGUGCAUCACGGCGGAGUACACAGUGGCUGGCGAGAACAACGUGACCGUACACAACAGACUGUUCAGCACGGCUGCGGGGGCCUUCAACGACAUCAUCGGCUGGGCCGAGUGGGACGACCCUGAAUCCGGAGAGGCCAAAUUCACCGUGCACUUCCCAGGCGUACCAGAGAACUCCUGGAUCCUGUCACGGAGAGCCCAGCUGACAGAAGAGCAGGAGCAGCAGGUGAAUGGCAGGCUGGAGGCGCUGGAUCUGCCACGGAGCCGCUACACGGACACCCCACAGGAUCCACAACAGUGCACUGUCAGAGUCAGCACAUGCGACAAGCCGGCUGCCACGGAAUUUGACACUUCUAAGUAUCAGGGCGUGUGGUACGAGAUCGCCAGGUUGGGAGAGGCUCCGUUCGAGGAGGGCGGCCAGUGCAUCACGGCGGAGUACACAGUGGCUGGCGAGAACAACGUGACCGUACACAACAGACUGUUCAGCGCAUCUACUGGGACCUUUAACGACAUCAUCGGCUGGGCCGAGUCGGACGACCCUGACUCCGGAGAGGCCAAAUUCACGGUGCACUUCCCAGGUGUGACAGACUUGCUUAUUUCAUGUGUGUUGACAGUGACAGGUCCGUAUUGGGUACUGGAUACUGACUACGACAGCUACUCAAUUGUCUGGGCCUGCAGGGAGCCUACAGAUGAAACCUCCAACAUAACGGAAAACUCGUGGCUGCUCUCACGGACGAGUGACAUGUCUGAGGAGCUGACGCAGCAAGUGGAUGCGAAGCUGGAGGAACUAGGACUCCCUCGCAGCCGGUACACAGACACGCCUCAGGACUCCAACGGCUGCCAAGUUGAAGAGGACAGCGACGAUGGCGCCGCUGCACUGGGCCCUGCGGUCGCACUCAUGCUGGCCACCACCGUCGCACUGCUCUUCUCCCUGUGA